CGCGCUCUCGGCCCCAGGACGGGCUCUGGGCGCGGGGCUGCUCCGGGUGGUCCCUCCGGGCCCUGCCGUCUGUCCCCUUUUGUAGACACUUGACACUGGUUUUUUUUGUUUGUUCUUUUUUCCUCCGGUGCUUUGCUUCUCGUUAUUUUCAUUUCUAGGGAUUUGGUUUUGUUCAGGCAGAGGUACUGACGCGCUGCAGAGGUAGCGAGCGCUGUUAGUAAACGGAGGUAACCUGAGCACGGGCAAAGUCGGGCAAGUUCACAAACAAUGGUUUUUCACACGGCUGGUGCCAUGCACUGAAAUAAAAUUUGCUGUAGCAAUAAUUGAAUUUACUGCUUUAGAGCUGCGUCUCUCUUCUUUGAUGGUUCCAGUAAGGUGAAUCACACAAGGACUGGCAGCUCCUGGUACUUCUUCAUUUUCCACGUUGAAUAAGAGAAUGUGCUUCUAAGAAGAUGUCCAGUACAGAUCCCCUCACAAAUACAGAGAAGGAGGGCUGAAGAUGAACCAGAGCGUUUUGAUGGUCUCUCUCUUUUAUACUGGACCAUUAUGGGCCCUCAUGGAAUAAAUCGAGCUGUUCACCGCAUCUCUUUCUCUGAUUGCCAGAAUGGAUUAGGAGUUAAAAUUAUUGGAGGUUAUCGGGCACAAACAGCAGAAGAUUAUGGGAUUUUCAUAAAGAGAAUUCUACCUGGGGGUGUGGCUGCUGUAGAUAGCCGUUUGCUCACUGGGGACCUAAUUCUGGAUGUCAAUGGAGAAAACCUGGUUGGAGUAACAAAUGAAAGGGCUGUUGACAUCCUGAGAACAGCCUCUGCCUCUAAUCACAUGUCUCUGCUUGUUGCUAGAGAUGAAGAAGCAAAGAAAGAAUUUCAUGACCUAAUGGAUAAGUAUGGCUCUCACAGUGACACAACCUCUGCAAGAACCUCUCCAACACAUCAGUUAGCUGCAAAAUCUAGAGACAGCCUUUCUUCUGGAUCAUCCUCAAGAUCACAGAGUCCUCAGUUGCAGCUGAAGGAUAGCAUCACCAGCAGCAGCAGAAAUAAUUCUGUCCCACCACCAUCCCCAAAGCUUCCAAAUGACAGUGCGUUUCAGAUUAUCUCUGUUUGCAAAAGAACAAUCCUAGGUUUGAAUAUUGUAGGAGGAAUUAACAGAAAUGAAGGGCCUUUGGUAUAUGUUCAAGAAAUUAUCCCUGGUGGUGAUUGCCAUAAGGAUGGACGAUUGAAACCUGGGGAUCAGCUUGUGUCCAUCAACAAAGAGUCCAUGAUUGGAGUCUCCUAUGAAGAGGCAAAAAGUAUAAUCAACAGAACAAAGACGAGGUUUGAAAAUUUUUGGGAGAUAGCCUUUAUUAGGCUGAAAAACACACCCAGUCUUCCACAGAAUCUGCAGCAUCCUUUCAGCCUCUUAACAUCUUCUGUAGCUCAUGGAGAGCAACAGGCAGCAGCACUUGGUCCUCUUCCCUCUCCUAGUGGGAGGCUGGUUUCACCAUUCCCUCCAGAUGCUAUGGAAACUGGAGUCAAGAUGGGAGAGCACUCUCCAAUUACUGCUCUAGACAGCAAUCCUGCUGAUGUGUCUGCCACGGUUAUUGCCCCCAGCCAGAAUGAUGAUUGUGAGCCCCAAGGAAAGAACUUGAGUAUUCAUCUCAAAACAGAAAAGCUGGAGAGGGCACUGAAUUAUCUUGGGAUUCAGCUCACAGAUGAACAGCAGCAAGCCCUAAGGCAGCAGCUUCAUAAAGAUUCUAAAGGAACAGUGUCUUUUGGAGAUUUCGUUGAAGUUUCAAGAAAUCUGUUGUCUGUGCAAUCAAAUGAAACUGAUGAUGGCCACAAAUCUGAAACCUUUGGGAACAGUGAAGUUGCCAGCUUACAGGACUCACAGUUUGUAACCUGUGAUUCCUUGGAGGAUGAUGUAGAAAAACUUAAGAAAGAAAGAAAUGAAGCUUUAAAAGAAAUGAGCAAAUUAAAGGAAGAAUUGUCUGAAUCUGUGAACUUACAGAAGCAGUUGGCAGAGCAGCUACAAGUAGUCAAGCAAGAAGCCAAGGCAGCUGUGGAGGAGACAAGAGCCCUGCGCAGCAGAAUUCACCUUGCAGAGGCUGCUCAGAGGCAGGCCCGGGGAAUGGAGCUGGACUAUGAAGAGGUGAUUCGCCUCUUAGAGGCUGAAAUUGGAGAGCUGAAGGCUCAGCUCACUGAGCAUUCUGGCCAAAAUAAAGAGAGCAUUCAUGACUUGAGAAAGAGGGUUACAGUUCUUGACUGCCAGCUACGGAAAUCAGAGUCGGCCAGGAAGACCUUUGAGGUGGCCACUGAAAAAUUGCUACAAUUUGUAGAGGUUGUGCAUGAAAUACUUUCAGAUAACUCUACUUCCUCAACAAUUUUAAGUGACAGGAGAACAUUGUCCACUAAAGCACUUCUGGCUCGGCUGGGAAGGGUUGGACCGACUGUCACAGCAGCUCUUGCAGCAGAAGCCAAGGACCUUGCCAAGUCUGUCCGUGCCAUUUUGGAAGUAGAUUGUCUGCCUUAUGGAUGGGAAGAAGCUUAUACAGCUGAUGGAAUCAAAUAUUUUAUCAAUGUACAUUGUCUCUGUGCACAUCUGUCCCUGCAAGAGACCCAAGCAAUGAGCCUGGGCUUGCAGAGGAGCCAGCAGAACUCUGCAGAGCUGCAUACUCCAGCAGAGGAGAGGCAGGAGGGCUCUGAUCUGUCCCUGUCCCUCAGAGCACAGUCUACAGUGUGCACCUGCUCCAUCCUGCAUCACCCUGGACGCUGGUAGGACAAAGCCAACAUAUGAUUAUGGGGAAAUACCACCUUUUCCUUCUGAUAAACACCCAGCCAUGCCACUGAAAUCCAGCCUUGGGAUGCUCUCUAUCAGUAAAGCUGCUUCUGGGUUGGAAUAUACAUUUUUAAAAAAGUCCAACUUGCUCUAUUUUUCCAAGCCUUUUUAAACUGUAAUCUUUAGAGGUCUAAUCAGACUUUCUGUAUCAAAUAAAGUAGGGAGAUACACACAGAAUCCAGGGAGCAUUUGCCUCUUAAGACAGUGUUCAGUCUCUGUGUUGCAUUGAUAUUUGCAUAAGCACAUUUUCAAAAACCUGGGAAGCCUGGUAGGCUGAUAUUUAACAUAUUCUGAUAUGAUAUGGCAACUAGUUACCAGCUGAAAUUCCUGAUGAGAGAUUUAAAUAGAACAAAAUGGGCCAUAAGAGAGGAGGUAAUUUAGCAGAAUGCCCUGGCUGGGUGUACCUCGAGUACCCAGGAAGGGCACUGUGGGCUGGCAGCAGUGUCAGGAAUCUGGUCAGGUACUGCAUGGAACUGAGAGGAGGAGUGCAUUAAAAAAGAGGGGCAAAAGAACACCCCCAGUCUCAGAAACAACAUUUAAUUAAUCUAAACCUGCAGGACAAACUGCAUACAGUUAAUAAUGUGCAUUUCUGCACUACUUGCUACUGUUACAGUAAUUCUUUCAUUAAAAGAUAUAGCAUGACUUUAAUGCCUUUAUAUUUAGAAGCCUGAUUUUUGUCUGUAGGAAUUUUCCCAGUCUUCCACAGAAGGUCAGGCUUUCCUGCCAAAGAUAAGAAAGGUUUAUCACAUUUCUGGAUUCUUAAUAAUUUAAGUCCAUAUGAUUAAGAACUGCUCUGUGCUUUCUGCAUUUUGUUUUUUCGAGAGGGAAACCUAGGAGCAAGGUGGAUGUCCCAGAAUUAAUCACAGCAAGAAAUCCUAAGCUUAGAGCAGCCUAGCAAGGCUGAAGCCCAGGGCAGCAAUCACAUCAGUGACUUUGAGACAGCUCGUUGCAGAGCACGGGUUUGCAGUAUCAAGCUGUACAGAUCCUGAGCUGAUAAGCCUAUGCAUGUGGAAUUCUUCAGGCGAAAUUCUGCCUGACCUUCCCCAGCACCAUGCCUCCGGCAAGCUCUCUGAAAGCAGCCAUUUGAAGUCAAAGAAAUCUGGGUCAUCGACUUCAACAGAAAUUCUGAUUAAGGAGGGGAUGAUGCUCAGCUCCUGUACCUUUCACUCCUCCCUUUUGCUGCAGCUCUGCCUGGGGAUGGGUUGUUUUAUUCUGUGUUCGUGGGUGCUCUUCUGUCUCCAGUAAAACCAAUGCCAAAUUCCAAAAUCAAACAGCCUGAGCAUGUAAGAACAGCUAUUU